UUUCGAGCAAGAAGACUAACAGGACGUUAGUGAAAGGUUAGUGUGACUUUUACUCGUCCAGCCAGUAAAAUUUCAGCCAUUCCAUUAGUCCCUGUCUUGAAUUUUUUCCCCCUCUUUUGUAACUAUGUUCAUGGAUGAUGCCCGUUCAUGCCGCUCUCGUGAACAGCAGCGUUAUGGCAACUGGUAGAGACGCUGUCGUUCUCCCUUACCAGUUUGAGCCAGAGUCGGACCCAGAAGGAGAGAUAUCUGAGGAGGGUCAAACUCUGCGGCUGCAGCAGGGAGUUUCUGCAUGGUGCACCUGUGGAAACUGUGAAACCAUGCCAACAGAAGCUGAAUGUGUUUGUUGCUUGGAGAUCCCACAGGUCACCAGGCGGCUACAGGAGGUUGAUGAAGACCUUACAUGUAUGGUAGACCAUCCAGGGUUUGAGCCGGUCUGCCUAAACAUAUACUCCCUGCAGAAUGCCAGCCAAAUAUACAGAGCUGACUAUGGUCGUUUGCAGCUCAGAGGCAUACACCGGUAUGAUUUACUUCACAAAAUUCGUUUCAGGUAUUUGGCAUAUCGCAGCUUUGUGAGCUGGUGCUGGGGCUUCCUGGGACAAAGAAUUCGUGUUGUGAUUCCAGCUUGUGUGGUACUGCGAAUCCACAGGGAAUUCCCCGAUGCAGAAGGCCACUAUGUGGGAUUUAAACUGGCCCUCGAUUAAAUCGGGACACAUAGCUGGCAAUGACCUCCUCCUUCUCAGGCCGCUCAUACUGGGCUGUGAGGUCCUCCGGUACAUGGAUGGACAAGAGUGCAUCUGUGUACG